AUGCAACCCCAGAAAACCCUACCGGAAUCCGACUUACCGUCGCUCGCCGCCAUCAAAGUCAAGUCAUCAUCCCCUCGUUUCCGUCCUACCAAUCCUUCCGCUACCGAAACCCCCACUGCCGGAGCACAACGCAGGAUAGGCAUCGCUGUCGAUCUUAGCGACGAGAGUGCCUUUGCUGUAAAGUGGGCCGUUCACCAGUAUCUCCGGCCCGGUGACGCCGUCAUCCUGAUCCAUGUCCGUCCUACUUCCGUCCUUUACGGCGCUGAUUGGGGCUCCGUUGAUCUCUCCAUUGUCGACACUGACAAUGAGGAAUCACAGCAGAAGCUCGAAGAUGAUUUCGAUACUUUCACCACUACAAAAUCCGCUGCCCUAGCGCAACCUCUGGUCGACGCGCACAUACCGUAUAAGAUCCAUAUCGUGAAAGAUCAUGACAUGAAGGAGAGGCUUUGUUUGGAAGUUGAACGCCUAGGGUUAAGUGCGGUUAUCAUGGGAAGCCGAGGAUUCGGUGCAACAAAACGCGGAAGCGAUGGGAGGCUCGGGAGUGUUAGCGAUUACUGUCCGAUGAUGAAGAAAAUGACCCUGAAUUCCAUGAUGCAACCGAUGAACGAAAAUGAUGACCAGAAGGCAUUGCAGUGUGCAAAGUCGAGGUUGGAUUUAGUCAUUUUUUAGUGUUUGGAUUUGAAUGGAUGUCGUAUAUGAUGAGGUAGAAACUCGUGCUUUUUUUUUUUUAAUGAUGAGUAUGUUGUGUCUAUUAUCAGUUAUUUAACUGGAUUCUAUGUGACAUAAUACUUGAAUGUAAUAUAACUAUGUCUUUGAUUAUGUAUCCUCAAAGAUUGUUGCUAUUGUUGAAUUUGAAGGUUCCAUGCUGGUUUUUGGAUUAUUUUGGG